AUGAAGUCGGCCGUUUUAUUCUACAUACUGAGCACCGCAUUUGCGGCUCCCACUCCUACCAUUGAGGAGCGUCAGCUGCCUGGUCUCGGUGGCUCUGGCAGCGACAGUGGCCUGGGUGCCCUUUCUUCUCUUUUACCCGGCCUCGGUGGCUCCAGUGGUAGCUCCUCUGGUAGUCUUCCCAGCUUCAGCGGCCUGCCUGGCCUGGGUGGUUCCUCUAGUGGCUCCGGCUUGGGUGCUCUUUCCUCGCUCUUCCCCAGCGGUGGCUCUUCCACUGGUUCCGGCCUUGGUGCUCUCUCCUCGCUCUUGCCGAGCAGCGGCUCCUCUGGUCUGGGUAGUCUUCCUGGUCUGGGAGGCUCGUCGUCCUCUCUCAUCAAGCGCCAGGACAUUAGCUCUCUCCUCGGCUCGGGCUCCACCGAGAAUGGUGUGACCCAGAACAAGGGCUGCCAGCCUUUGACCUUCAUCUUUGCGCGUGGUAGCACUGAGAUGGGUAACAUGGGCUCUAUUGUUGGACCCCCUGUUGCUCAGCAGCUGAACUCGCUGCUGAACAACAAGGUUACCGUGCAGGGUGUUACUUAUGAUGCCGGAAUUGCAAGCAACGCCGAACUCGGCGCCAACGGUGGCCCCAUCAUGGCCAAGCUAGUCAAGCAAGCCCUCAGCCAAUGCCCCAAGACCAAGGUCGUCGUCGGCGGAUACUCGCAAGGCUCGAUGGUCGUGCACAACGCCGCCAACAGACUUAGCGCCGGCCAGAUCAGCGCCGCGGUCCUCUUCGGCGACCCCUUCAAGAUGCAGUCCGUCGGCAAGCUGUCCAGCAGCAAGGUUAAGGAGUUCUGCGCGUCUGGUGACCCCGUUUGCGAGAAUGGCAUGAACGUCAUGGCUCACAUUACCUAUGGCAGUGAUGCCAAGGAGGCGGCUCAGUUCCUUGUUCAGGCUUCUGGUGUCAACUCUUCUUAA